GUAUUGUUCAAGUACGGAUAAACAAAUGGGUAUUACUAUCUUUCUGCCUGCCUCAUAAGGCGCAUCAAAUCCACAACAGAGGGCUCAUAAUUGAGCCAGAGACUAUAGACAAAUGCUUACAGAAGCUCAGGCCUUAUCACGGAAUUCUUCUUAUGGUGAACCCCAACGAGCUUCUAGCAUCAAUACCUUUCGACAGCAGCCCUGCUUUAUUAAGGCUCAUUAAACUAUACAGCCCAUUGAAGAGUCUACAAACACUUGCCAUUGAAGCUGACUUGAGUUUAACACAGGUCUUCCAACUAACCGGUCAUCUAGUUUACUGGGCGAAAGCAACAGUAAUAUAUCCCCUAUGCGAAGGCAACGUAUACGUUGUGGCGCCUGGCGCGAACGUUCAUAUUAACUCGCCUCUCGUCGAUGAGUUUGCAAAGGAAUUCCCUGGAGUAUGUUUAUUGCAGAUGCUUGGUGAGUUUUCUCUCCCUGCGCCGCUGUGGUACGUGUCGCGCGGCUGGAGCGGCGGUGUCAACGGCGCGUGGGGCGGCGCCAGACUGGCCCGUGUCGUGGCUUGGUUGCUAUGCCGGCGGUUGCUGCUGCAACUGCACACCUAUGUGCAGUUCAAUUCCCAUUGGGGACGGGAUGCUGAUGGCAAAGAAUACUUCUGUGAAAAACACGACAUCUACAGUCAAUCAUCGAACAUUUCUUUCUCUUCACUAAAUGAAAUGCAGCUAAAUGUUCCUGAGCCUGUUGAACCACGAAACAGUACUAGCGUAUUCCCAGACUCCGACGAAGACUACCCAACAGAAAACAAUCUCAAUCAAACAGAUUUCUCUCAUACAAAACCUAUAGUCAUUGAGUCAGAUUAUACAAAGUAUGAUAAGUUCACAGAAGUGGACUCAGCAAAUCACUCCUUCGAUGAUGGUAUUGAUGUUGUGGAUGGUCUUAUUAAAACUAAUGGUUGUGAUUAUUCAGUGGACAGUGGAAUAUCUAAUAAUUUAACGAAUGGGCAUAAUAAUAUUAACAACAAUGAAGAACAUAUUAAUGGUACAGAGAAUGGUGAAAUAAAGAAAGAAAAAGUCUUAAAGACUCUACCAUCAAGACUGUCAGAUUUAUCGUUGAAAACGAAUGAGAAUGGAAUGAAUUCAAGUAGCGAUGAAGAUAAAUUUGAAAGUGAUCAGGAGGUGUCUCCGAGGAUGAAGAAAUACAAUGGCCAUGUUAAUGGCACUGAGAAGACCAAUGGAAUCUCACUGAAUUUGAGGUUACAAAGCGAAAUGAGUUUUCAACCACCAACAGUAUGGAGUGUGCAAGCAAGUUGCGACGUAGUAGACGCGUGUCGUAUACCUAGCGAGCCGCCUACCGCUGAAUCCCUACUCGAUACUUUUACCGCCGAAGAACGCGUCGCAUUGGCAGCCAUACCAGCUACUAGCAAUGCUGAUGACUUGUUGCUACUCGCUCAACUACAUAAGAAAG